UGUAUUAAUAGUUCAAUUGAGUCGUUAUUAUCAUUUUGUGGCAAAUCUAUUAUAAUAUUCAUUAUCUCUUAUUUUGUCACUAUAUUUAUGCAAAAAUACAGGACUAAAAAGAUGGUUAGUUCUCUGGGAAAGGCUGUUUUAAUUACUGUUUACGCGACAGUGCUGUCGGCCGACAGUAAAGGCGCCCAACAGUUGGUCACAAGCGCCACAUUUGUCGAGAAAAUGCAUGUUUUGGAAAUGGAUGUCACAAAUGAUACACAAGUGCUGAACGCGUACCGACGCUUGCAAAAAGAUCUAGAGUCGUGCGGCGAUAAGUUAUGGGCACUCGUUAAUAACGCGGGUCUAUUCAGCAUGGGCAAUUUAGAGUGGGGCACUUUAGACACAUUUAACAAGGUAUUCUCUGUCAAUGUGUUUGGUAUGGUUCGGGUGACCCGUGCUUUCCUGCCGCUCAUCAAGCAAUCCAGAGGUCGUGUGGUAAAUAUGGUGAGUCUGGGGGGCAGGUUUACGUUUGACUUGGGAGGCGUAUACUGUAUGACCAAACAUACAAACAUUGCAUUUUCGGACGCAUUGCGACGGGAAAUGCAUAAAUUUGGAGUAACGGUGUGCACAAUAGAGCCUGGCUUAUUCAUGACACCCAUGACCACGAAUGAGUAUAUCUCGCAAUUACUGCAGCAAACGUGGAACCAAUCCAGUGAUGAGGUCAAGAAGUCUUAUGGCAACUCAUAUUUGGAAAGUCAGCGCAAAAUUGCUCUCAAUUUCCAGAACCACUUCAAAGCCGGAGUUAAUAUUGAUUUAGUGGUCGACGAUAUGGUGGACGCCAUUCAGAAUGCUGAGCCCCAGAUUAUAUACCGACCCGUUGAGGGCUUACAGAGUAAAUUGUCCUGUCUCAUGCCUGUAUAUAUCCCGUCCCUAUGGUUGGAUCACUUGACUUACGCUAACGAUAAGUCAAGACCGGAAGGGGCUCUCAAAUACUGAUAGAGUUGAACGUUAUUAAGCAAUAAUAUAAUAAUUGUUGAAAUUAUUUCUAUCAAAAUAUGAGUGUGAGAUAAAAUAUUUGAUUACUAGAAUAUAACCCAGAG